CUUAUCGGCAUGCACAUCGUCUGUCCCUUUAGCUUCUUCGCAAAAAAAUUUCCCUCUUGGGUAAUAUUUCCUGAACCCGACAAAAUUCUUUCCGUUUUCGUCUAGGCUCAGGAGAUAGUACUACUAUUUCCUAGGGUUUCUCUCGUUGCUUGCACAUCGAACGCCAUUCUUGGCGUUCUGAUGUUGAUGUUUUGUAAAUACAGUCUGUGCCUCUGCAAACUUAACCCCAUUCAAGAAAGUUCACAUCAGAACACACUUUAAUGAAAUUUUCUUUUCCCAUCUGCUUUAACAUCUCGUGAUUUCUUGAUAGUGAUAGCUCGUUCAGAUGGUUUUGCGCAAAUGGGUUAGUUGAAUGCCAAUGAAAUUCUCAAACCCAUCUGGGUUUUCUCUUAAAUUCCUCUUGAACAACGUCUAGUUUCAAAUUUUCAUCUGCAUUUUUUUUUUUUGAUAUUUUCAUCGGGGCUUUCUGAUUUGCGUACAAAUGGAUCCAAACUUGACAACCCUAAAUCCUGUUACCACAAACCAGAUAGCCCAUGCUCAUUUCCAUCCAACUCUUGAAUCUGGUGGCAAUGCCGUUAAUUUCUCGCCCCAAUUCUUGACUUGUGACGAACAGUAUGCGAAUGCCUCCAAUGCUGAAUAUCCAUCUUUCAAGAAGCCCAGAACUUCUCAAACACCGGUGAAUUCGAGGAUUCCCGUGUUGUUUAACAAACCUAACAUGGGAAUUCCUUUCAAGAAUGUACCAUGCUUGCAAUUUAGUAGGGGUCAUUGCACUUAUGGGGACAAUUGUCAGUAUUCCCAUGGUAUUGUGGAUACCACCCAGAAGAUUUUACCUCAAAGGGAGGAACUGAUGAGCAACGAGACUUGGAAUGAGGACCAAAUAAUUAUCUCAUCUAUGAAGCUGUGUUGGAGGUUUUGUAAUGGGGAACAAUGCCCUUUUGGUAUGAGAUGUCAUUUCCGUCAUGAAGUUCCUGCGAAAUUUCGGAAGAAUUUUGCUACAAGUACUGGGAGUAAUGGGUCUGGAGGGUUUUCCAGAAUUGAGAGUGAGCAAUUGGAAUGUAAGGCUCUUGUGAAACAAAGUUUGGAUGCUAUUGAAGUGUCUCAGAAGCCGGUGUAUUGGAAGACAAGGCUGUGUAACAAGUGGGGGGCGACCGGUAACUGUCCCUAUGGCAUCAGUUGUGGCUUUGCUCAUGGACAUGCAGAACUGAAGAAGGUGAGGUCUCGGACUGCCAUGGAAUUUGGGAAUGUUUCUACUUCAAAUAUGACACCAACUGCUGUCCUGCAUGCAUCAUCAACGACAACAGGGAAUGGGACUUCUUGUGAGAAGAAAAUGCAGGGUAAGAAGUGCUUACUCAAGUGGAAAGCAUUUGAGAAGAUUAGUCACAUCUACGCUGAUUGGAUUGACGAUAUGCCUCUUGUGCAUACCUCACUGGGAAAAGUGGGGAGCUAGUUUGUAUACGAUUUGUGUCAUCUGUUGUUUCAUUGCACCAUUUUGCACAGGUUGGGAAAAGUUAGUUGUGUUUAGAAUCUUUAGAUUACUAUGGGUUGAGAGUUUCUGCAACCAUCAAUCAAGUCAUCGAUUGAACAUGAGUCGGGUGUCUUAUACCAAAUGUUGCUUCUUACUGUUGUUACCACAAACUUGUCACAAGUGGGUGUUAUGAAGUAUAAACUGUAGGAAUGAUGAAAAACAAAGUUCCUUGUGAAUGAUGCGUUCAAAGAGUUUCCUUCAUGCUUAUGUUAUGUGAGAUUAUCAUCA